AUGCCAGUGAACAACAACCAGACAGGACAGAGUGCAGCUACCAGGUUGGCCUCUCUGCCUGUGGUUCGAUCUGCUUGUGCCAAACUGUCAGUCUUGUACGCUGUCACUAAAUGCAGCCAUCCCAUCCUGAAGUCAGCAUGUGACAUGUUGGAGAGCAGCGUGACAGCUUUGGGAGCAGCGGCCCGUAACAGAGUUUCACCUGUCAUUGCUAAACUGGAGCCCCAGAUUUCCAUUGCAAACGAUGUUGCCUGCAAAAGUCUUGACUGGUUGGAGACUUCGUUCCCCAUCCUCCUAUCACCUACAGAGCAGAUUGUUGCCACUGCCAAGAACAAAAUGCACGAGAUUCAAGAUGUGGUGAGCAUCACAGCCAAUGGCACUAAGGAGGUGGUGCAGCACACGGUCACAUGGGUGGUGAGCAGGAUGCAUCAAGCUGGCGAUGGAGCGGACGGUUCGCUUGUGAAGAGGGCGAUCGGAGCAACCAGUGAGGGGCUGGACUCUGUUCUGAGCCUGUCAGAGGCUCUGAUGGACCAGCUGCUUCCCCCCACCGAAGACGAAACAGAAGAAGCCCAUCUGGUGGAGGGGUUUGAAGCUGCCACUCUAAGAGGACGUUGCUCUGCUCAAUUAGUCUCACUGACUACCAGAUUGUACAGGAGGAGCUGCCACGUUGUAGGAUCCAGGUUUCAGUGCAUUCAGGUUACGGAGACUUUAUCCAGAUCUUCAGCUCUGGUUCAGGACCUUCAGGCCAGCUUGGUGACCAUAGUCUGGAUACUCCAAGGCCUGCCUCAGUACCUGCAGCAUCAGGCUGUAUCUGUGUCCUUCUUUAUCUCUCAGAUGUACAUCACCUGCCCACCGUUCCAACAGAAGCAGUCCAAUAAAGCCAGAAACUCUGUCAGCACUGCCGAGGACUCAUCGCUUCAGAGGCAUGUGGACCAGGUUCACCAGCAGCUUGGACCAACCUGCCGCAUGAGGCCUACCAAGAGGUCCAUCUUUGAGAACGGGUGUAACAUCAAGGGCUGCAUGCGUCGCUGAUGUGGGUCAUUUGAUAUGUAUAUGGAUUUGUGUGGUAUAUUUCUUCACUAGUUUUGUAAAAGAGGUGCAACUAAAUAAAAUUGAAGACUCA